UCCUUAAAAAAAUCAACUAAGAGUAAAAUAUAACAAUUAAACACGUAACUUAGAAGAAAAACAUCAAUCAUCUCGCCAAAUUUUCAUUUUUUCCUCAACAACUCUCUCUCUCUCUCUCUCUUCAUCAUAAAUUCCAUCGUCUCUCUCUCUUCUUUCUCUCUCUCUCAUCAAUGGCGUCGGCGUCGUCCACUCGAAAGGUACAACACGCCGCCACAGCAAUAAUCUCUCUCAUCAUCCUCCUCACAUCAACCCAAACCACCCUCUCAGACCCAACCUCCGACGAAGUACACGAACUCCUGACAAAGUACAACCUCCCAAAAGGAAUCCUCCCAAAAGACAUCAAAUCCUACGCACUCUCGAACCAAGACAACUCCUUCACAAUCGAACUCAGUUCGAACCCUUGCUACGUCAAAUUCAAAGACCAGGUUGUCUAUUACGCCAAAACCAUCAAAGGCAAGCUGUCCUACGGCAAAGUCACCGGAGUUUCUGGUAUUCAGGCCAAGAAAUUCUUCAUCUGGGUUUCCGUUACAGGUAUGGAAGUUGAUCAGAAGAACGACAUGGUUGAAUUUCAUGUCGGCGCUAUUUCUCAGUCGCUCCCUGCUGAGGAUUUUGAGGAGAUUCCUAGCUGCAAAGCUAAAGCUCUUCUUCGGGAGGAAUCUUUUUCUUUACUUGAUGCGUUAAUUUGAGACCAAAGCCAAAUUUUAGAUGCUGUGUAAAAAUGGAAGAUGUCGUGUUAACUCGUCAUAUACCAUGAUCGGGUAUCAAUCCAAUCUGGUUCAAAUUUCUUUUACCACUUCUUUGCAUUUACGGACUGUUCUAUCGAUUUAUGAAAAGAAUACUGAUUUCUUAUAUCCAUUUAUAUUUUAAUUGUCUUGAU